ACAGAGCUUUACACAGGAUUCUUCUUUAUUCCAUAACAGACUGAAGGCAGAUUCUCUGGAUGCAGUAAAGGCAAGAUGGCACUGGUUCCAUAUGAUGCUGAAGGAGUGGGGAUCCAGAAGUUCCACAAACCUCUUGCUACCUAUACAUUCGUGAACCACACCAUCCAGAUCAAACAGGACUGGAAGCAGCUGGGGGUGGCGGCUGUCGUUUGGGACGCGGUUUGUAGUGUUCUAUGUUUGUUAGAGACAACUUGACAACAUAAAACCUGCCUAGAGAGCAAAGAGGAUUCGGGUGUUUGAC